UAAAAAUGUCUUCCAUGGCUUCUCUACUUCUGCUUUUGGGUCUCUUUGUUGCGUUUUUAGAUACAACAGAAUCACAAAUCGGUGUAUGUUAUGGUCUACUUGGAAACAAUCUUCCAUCACCGGCACAAGUUAUAAGUCUAUACAACUCACGUAACAUCCGGCGAAUGAGACUCUACGAUCCUAACCAAGCUGUUCUACAAGCAUUGAGUGGAUCCAACAUUGAAGUGAUGAUAGGAGUCCCAAAUUCAGAUCUCCAAUACGUUGCAGCAAGUCGUGACAAUGCAUUUGAUUGGGUAUGGAAAAACGUUGCAAGUUGGCCUAGUAUUAAAUUUCGUUACAUAGCAGUUGGAAAUGAGGUUAAGCCGUCUGAUGCUGCACUGGCCCCACUAGUGCAUCCUGCUUUGACCAAUAUCCAUGAAGUUGUCUCGUUUUAUGGGCUCAAGGACCAAAUAAAAGUUUCAACAUCGGUUGACACGACUAUGAUUGGUGUCGAUUUCCCUCCAUCACAAGGUGCGUUUAGGGGUGAUGUUAGGGCUUAUAUCGACCCCAUCAUCGGGUUCCUAGUUGCCAUCAAUGCACCAUUGCUUGUCAAUGUCUACCCUUACUUUAGUUAUUCAGGAAAUCCAAGUGCCAUAUCGCUUGCAUAUGCGACAUUUACUUCUCCAGGAACUGUAGUACAAGAUGGAGGCAAUGGAUACCAAAACCUUUUUGACGCGAUGGUAGAUGUGAUGUACUCGGCAUUGGAGAAAGCUGGAGGACCUUCAUUGGAAAUUGUGAUAUCAGAAACCGGAUGGCCAUCAGCCGGUGCAUUUGGAGCAACAUUUGAGAAUGCGCGCACAUAUUACACGAAUAUGGUUGCACACGCGUCACAGGGUACACCUAAGAGGCCGGGAAGAGCUAUAGAGACGUACUUGUUUGCAAUGUUUGAUGAAAACAACAAGGAACCUCAACUUGAGAAAAAUUUUGGGGUAUUCUAUCCGAAUCAACAAGCAAAGUAUAACCUCAAUUACAACUCUAUCCAAAAGGGAUAUGAAUCCAUGUAGGGUUGGCAUAUCUUGUUCUUGAAUGUACUCAAAAUAAAUCUUGGUUCAGUAAUGUGUUAUGUGUGUGUGAAAGUGUGAAACAAAGUGAAAAAUAAGUUAUGUAUGAAUAUUUUCUUUAGGGGAUGUUUGGUUGAAUGCAUUUUGUUGGAUUUUACUGGG